UGGUCCAGACAGUCGACAUCAAGAAGGCGCGCAAGCAUCAUAGUCUCUCUCGGAGGAACAGGAGAGAGAAAGAGUGUGGCAGUGAGUGCGUGGAGGGAAGACGAAAUUGAAGAGAAGAAGAAAGGAGAGGAACGAUUUCACGAAGAAACUUGAGAAGCUAUCUCUUUCUGCCGCUGGCAGGAUGCGCUUGCCGGCGAUCCUUGCCGGCCUCUUGCUGGUCGUUCGGCUGUCUGGAGGCGAGAUCCUGACGCCGCCGUACUUUAAUUUGGCCGAAGGCAAAAAAAUCGUUGCCUCGGCUACGUGCGGCGUCGACACCACCGGUCCGGAACUUUAUUGUAAACUUGUUGGCGCGAACGCUGAUCAAGACGAAGAUAUAAAUCUGAUCCAGGGUCAGGUAUGCGAUUAUUGUGAUCCUGAUAAUCCUGAGAAGAGGCAUCCACCCGAAUAUGCGGUUGACGGCAUGGAAACUUGGUGGCAGUCGCCGCCUUUAUCCAGAGGGAUGAAGUAUAACGAAGUGAAUCUAACGAUUGAUCUAGGACAGGAAUUCCAUGUGGCUUACAUUUACAUACGAAUGGGCAACUCUCCCCGGCCAGGGCUCUGGAUCCUGGAGAAGUCGAAGGAUUACGGCAAAACUUGGUCGCCCUGGCAAUAUUUUUCGGAUUCUACCAGUGACUGUCUGACAUAUUUCGGUGUGGACAGCCACAAGCCGAUUACUCGAGACGACAGCGUAAUUUGCACAACCGAGUUCUCGCAGGUUGUCCCGCUCGAAGGCGGUGAGAUUCCGAUUUCGAUUUUGAACAACCGGCCCUCGGCGAAGCACUACUUCAAUUCGACUCUGUUGCAAGAAUGGACGCGGGCAACCAACGUCCGUUUUCGCUUUCUUAGAACGAAGAAUUUACUGGGUCAUUUGAUGUCCGUCGUUCGUCAGGAUCCCACUGUUACGAGAAGAUACUUUUAUUCAAUCAAGGAUAUCAGUAUUGGCGGCCGCUGUAUGUGCAACGGACAUGCAGACACCUGCGACAUUCAAGAUCCCAAUAUGCCAAAGAAAUUAGUUUGCCGAUGCCAGCACAAUACUUGCGGACCUCAAUGCGCGACUUGUUGCAAAGGCUUCGAGCAGAAAAAGUGGCAACAGUCCACGGCAUCUAAAAAAUUCACAUGCGAACCCUGCAAUUGUUUCGGACACUCGGACGAAUGCAUUUAUGAUCCGGAAAUGGACGAGAAACACUUGUCGCUGGACAUUCACGGUAAUUACGAGGGCGGUGGUGUAUGUCAGAAUUGUAAGCACAAUACCGAGGGCAUCAAUUGCAACCGCUGCAAACCCAGGUUUUAUAGGCCUCGGGACAAACCGCUCAAUGCGACCGACGUAUGUCAACCUUGCGACUGUGAUCACUUUUAUUCGACUGGAAACUGUGCCGACUCUACCGGGAAAUGCGAGUGUCGGAAAGAGUAUGCACCGCCGAACUGCGACUCCUGCAAUUAUGGAUACUUCGGCUAUCCCACUUGUCGACCCUGCGAGUGUCACUUGCAGGGCACCGACGGUUAUCACUGCGAAGCGACGGACGGUUAUUGUCCCUGCAAGCUGAAUUACGCCGGCCACUAUUGCAAUCUAUGCGCGGAAGGAUAUUACAAGUUCCCCGAUUGCUUACCUUGCGCCUGCAAUCCUCUGGGCGCCCUGAACGACGUCUGUGAUGUGGUGUCCGGCAACUGCACGUGCAAAAACAACUAUGGCGGUAGGACGUGCGACAUUUGCGAGAAUGGUUACUUCAAUUAUCCUCUUUGCACAUAUUGCAAUUGCGAUGCGCGCGGAACGGAACCCGGUAUUUGCGACAAGAGUGACGGUGUUUGCUUGUGCAAGGAAGGAUACGGCGGCGUUAGAUGCGACCAAUGUAUUCCUGGAUACUACGGCUAUCCCAACUGCAGACCGUGCAACUGCAGUUCUGUUGGUUCAUCUACUAUCAGUUGUGAUUCCGUGGGCAAGUGCUCGUGUCUCGCCAAUUUCGCCGGAAGGACUUGCGAUCAAUGCAGUCCAGGAUACUAUAAAUAUCCGGAAUGCAUCGCAUGUAAUUGCGACAGUCACGGCUCGAUCGGCGUGUCUUGCGACGGUGAAGGUAAAUGUCAAUGCCGCGAAAACUUUGACGGUAUCCACUGUGAGCAAUGCAAAGAGGGUUACUACAACUUCCCCACCUGCGAGGGUUGCAAUUGUGAUCCGGCCGGCAUAGUCGCAACUUUUCAAGGUUGCGGUUCUCUUCCGCCCGGCGAACUUUGCCAGUGCAAAGAGCGGGUCGAGGGCAGGAUAUGCAAUCACUGCAAGCCUUUAUAUUGGAAUCUGCAGCCUUACAAUCCGGAUGGUUGCGAAGAAUGUCAGUGUAACAUUCCCGGAGUCAUUGGCAGCAUUGGCGAGUGCGAUACUAAGACUGGACAAUGCAUUUGCAAGCCCGGUGUGAUCGAUAGAGGAUGCAGUCGAUGCAUUGAUGGAACGUACAAUCUUCAGGAGAGCAAUCUCUUUGGUUGUUCGGAUUGUGCCUGCGAUGUCGGCGGUUCCGUGAAUCUGAUUUGCGACAAGCAGACCGGCCAGUGUCCUUGCCAACCGCGGGUGACCGGUUUAACGUGUAAAGAACCCUUGAAAGCGCAUUAUUUUCCUACUCUUCAUCAAUACCAAUACGAGGCUGAGGAUGGUAGAACCCCCAGUGGCAGCGCUGUUCGCUACGGUUUUACAGAAGAUCUCUUCCCGGGCUUCAGUUGGAAAGGUUACGCCGUGUUUUCCACUCUGCAAGAUGAAAUCGUGCUGGGUGUGGGCAUCGGCAAGUCUUCGCUCUACCGGAUGGUUUUGCGCUACGUGAAUCCCAACAACGAGCCAAUCCUCGGCACCAUCACUAUCACUCCUGAUAAUCCGACCGAAGUGGAACAGCAGUUUAAAGUCAACUUCAAACCAACUAGCCAACCAUCCUUCGUAACAGUCGCUGGAGCGCAUGGCAAUCAUCCGUCGCCUAUGGUGAUGGAUCCUGGACAUUGGUCCAUCAAAAUCUCCACGAAAAAGAGUUUGUUCCUCGAUUACUUUGUUCUAUUACCGUCUGAAUAUUAUGAGGGUGGUAUAUUAACGCAGGAUGUGAAUAUACCCUGCGAAAUUGGCUAUAGGGGACUUUGUAGGCACUAUGGAUAUCCAAAUUUGACGCGGUUUGACUCUGUUCAUGGCGGCGGCGGUUUUCUCAGUGAGAACAAUGUCCGAAUUCCAUUGACUGAAUACUACACUGAUCGCGAGACUUUGCAGGAGAUCGGCGAGGAUGAGGUACCGCUCAUCAAUAAUCAGCAAGAGGAAAUUCAUUUUGAACUGAGAAUUAGUAAACCUGGUCCCCAUGUCCUUGUGGUAACUUAUGUGACUCCGCGAGACGAACAGUCUACAUCAGUGCUGUUAAUCGAGGCCAAUACCGUCGGUAAGGGCAAAGCCACUCUAAAUCCUUGCAGAUAUACUAGUACCUGCCGACAAGUCGUCACCGAUACUUAUGGUAAGGUAGCCAUCAUGAAUUAUCCGUCGAACUAUGUCAGUUUGGUGCUGACCGGUGAGCCGACUUCGAAUGUCGCGAUCGACUCAAUAGUAGCGAUUCCGUAUUAUCAAUGGUCGCUGGACUACGUAAAACCCAAGUCCAUAUGUGUGAGGAAGAACGGCAAAUGUGUACAGGGACAGUUUCCUGGCGCUGCUGACGCUAAGAAGAUCGAGUUUGAGACGUCCAGCGGCGUUUUUGAGGCCAAAUAUCGACCUUCUGGUAUUUAUGAUAACGCUACUAAAUUGAUCUAUUUGGGCGAUGGCGACACGAUGGUGGAUAUUCACGCGAAUGUGUCUCAGCAAGGUGAUUACGUCUUUGUGAUACAAUAUUAUCAACCAAAUCAUCCUGAGUUUGAAUUGGACGUACUGGUGCAGAACGGCAAGUUUUAUGAAGCGAAGGUGCCGGUUCCCCAUUGUCCCAGUAACAGCGGCUGCCGCAGCAUCGUACGACAGAUCGAUGGUGGUGGUACCAGAUUUCAGUUAAUCGAAAAUUUUGUGCUGACGCUGAAGGAGCCCGGCGAUGGCCGCGGCAUCUGGCUGGAUUAUGUCCUAGUGAUCCCGGCGGAUCAAUACAACGAAAAGAUCCUCAGCAAACUACAAUUCGACCGGACCAAAGAGUUUAUCAAGCGCUGCGGCAGUAAUCAUUUUCAUAUCAAUGUCACUGAGAACGGUUUCUGCCGCGAUUCCAGCUUUUCGCUGACGGCCAAUUACAACAACGGUGCAUUACCGUGCAACUGCGAUGUCGAAGGUUCCACCAGUUUCGAAUGCGACAAGUUCGGCGGUCAGUGUCCUUGUCGGCCGAAUAUCAUUGGCAGGCGAUGCGAAAUUUGCCGGACCGGUUUCUAUGGUUAUCCCAGAUGUAGACCGUGCAACUGUCCCACGACAGCGAUCUGCGAACCAAAUAGUGGUAGGUGCAUUUGUCCGCCACGAGUGACAGGUCAUCGAUGCGAUCAGUGUGAGGUCGGCACUUAUGGAUUCCAUCCGAUUGUUGGUUGCGAGGAGUGCAACUGCUCGCCUCUGGGCGUUUUAGACGGUGAUCUGCAGUGCGAUCUAUUUGACGGCAGCUGCCGUUGCAAGGAGAACGUGGUGAGCCGUCAGUGCGACCGCUGCCGUGCCGGUUAUUCACAAUUCCCGCACUGCGAGCGCUGCGACUGCGAUUCACGUGGCACUACCGGUGAUAUCUGCGAUCAGUAUACAGCUGAAUGCUUCUGCAAGGCAAACGUCCAGGGCCUAGCGUGUGAUGUGUGCCGUGAAGGCACCUUUGAUAUUCAGGCCGACAACGAGGAGGGCUGUACCAAAUGCUUCUGCUUCGGCAAAACCACCAGAUGCGCCUCCGCAAGCCUCUACUGGACUCACCUCAUGGAUAUGGACGGCUGGGAAUUAGUCGCGCCCAUAGAUAAGAACGGUAAUUUUACUAAUCUGGUGACUUACCCUGUGGAGAAUGCCACUUCAAUUAUAGUCUCUCUCACUACUAAUGACACCUUUGAGAAUGUUGUCUAUUUCUCUGCGCCCGACACUUACCUCGGCAAAAAGUUGACCUCCUACGGCGGCUAUUUCAAUUACACCGUCUACUAUAGUACGGGACCCUUCGGCAAGGCUGUCAGCGCUGCGGAUGUAGUUUUUCAAGGUGCCGAUACUAUUCUAUUUUACUAUUCUGACGAACAGCCGCCAUCUUUUAUGAAUUUUGGAUCGUCCGUCCGUCUCGUCGAGACUAACUUUUUGACUAGCAAUAGACUCAGCGCUACGAGAGAACAAUUUAUGGUAGUUUUGGAGAAUUUACGUGGAAUAUACGUGCGUGCUACUUAUUGGAAUCCAAGCAUCAUGGCAUCAUUAGCGUACGUAACUUUAGAUGUCACAACAGAACAGUAUUCAGCUCAAUAUAGCGUUCCAGCUAGCAGUGUCGAACAGUGCCAAUGUCCACCUAAUUAUCAAGGAUUUUCAUGUGAAGAAUGCGCACCGGGAUAUUAUAGAGUAAAAUCAGGAUUGUACGGAGGAUAUUGCGCGCCGUGUCAGUGCAAUGGCCAUGCAACCAUAUGCGAUGUAAGCACCGGGAUUUGUCAGAAUUGCAAAAAUGGCACCACCGGCGACCAUUGCGAGUUUUGUGAACAGGGCUAUUACGGUAACGCUACAGUGGGAACACCGUCAGAUUGUCUGAUUUGUGCGUGCCCGCUGCCGGUCGCCUCCAAUAACUUUGCCACCGGCUGCGAAGUGAAUGACGAGGGCAAUAAGAUUAGCUGUGACUGCUUGCCUGGAUACUACGGCGCCCGUUGCGAGGCUUGCGCUGCGGGAUACUAUGGCAAUCCUGAGGUGUACGGCGAGCACUGUAAGCUAUGCGAGUGCUCUGGCAAUAUCGACACCAAUCAGAUCGGCUCGUGCGACAGCAUCACCGGUCAGUGCUUACAAUGUCUAAAUAACACCUAUGGCGAGGCGUGCAAUUUGUGUGCGCCCGGUUACUUUGGCGACGCUGUGGAGCGAAAGGACUGUCGCAGCUGCAUGUGCGACGAAUGCGGGAUGGAACAUUGCGACAGCUACAGCGGCCAAUGCUUCUGUCAAGAAAACGUGAUCGGCGAGCAAUGUGACCGCUGUGCACCCGAUCAUUAUGGUUUCAACGCCUGCGAAGGCUGCAGGGCUUGCGAUUGCGGGCCAGCUUCAGAGAGCAGCCAGUGCGAUGAGAAGACGGGACAGUGCAAGUGUAUGCCGGGCGUCACUGGUCGCAAAUGCGAUCAAUGUAUCCAGGGAUAUUGGAACUACGGAGUGGACGGAUGCACAUCUUGCGAAUGUCAUACUGGUUAUUCCGUCGGCGUAUCUUGUAACACUACCACUGGUCAAUGUACUUGUCUGCCUGGUGUAAUUGGUGAAAAAUGCGACCAUUGUCCGUAUCGACAUGUGCUCAUCCCGGCACAAGGCUGUUUCUCUUGCGGUUCUUGUACGGGAAAUCUCCUAGAUGUGACGGAUGAAUUGGAAGAUUUAUUGGAACCCGUCUUGCGUGAAUAUAGUACCGUUGCGGAAGGUUACUUUACGAAUCAACGACUUAAGUUUAUCAAUGAUACGGCCAACGAGCUUUACCCCGAAGUUAAAUUGCUAGAUCCAAGUCGAGUAAACUUGCUGCCAUUACAGGAGAAACUACAGAGAUUAGAGAACGAAGUGUACAAUCAAAAACGACAGAUUGAUUUCACCGCCGAAGACAGUGUCAAAUGGAAGAACGAUGCGGAGAACACGCUGCGGGAUAUGAAUAUCCUGGAGGAGGAUGUGGUGCGCAAGAUCGAUUUGGUAAAUCUGAUAGUAUCGGAGGUGCAAUCAUUGGCAUUGAACAUUGAAUUAGGAACAGGCGCCAAGAUCGAUAAUGCACUAAACGAAGCAAAGGAGAUUCUGAAGAAGAUCAAAGAUGUUUCCUUCGUCAAAUUCCGGGACAAUGCCGUGGACCAAAUGGACCAGGCCAACAUCUUGGUUUCCGAGAUGCAACAAUACAACUUUCCGGUCAGCAAUUUGAGUCUCGCUGCGUCCGAUCUCAGCAACAAAAUCAAGAACGCCAGCGCCAAAAUGGAUGAUCUAUUAGAUAUUGCACAGACGGCUCAAGAACGGGCCAGCGUGGUCGAUAAAUUGAAUCGAGAGAACAGAAUUGCAGCACAGACCGGCAACUUGGACGUGGUGAAAAACUACACGGCUGAAGCAAGGGAGGACUUAGAAGCCGGCGAGCAGCUCAAUAGAAAUGCCAGCCAAUUCCUUAACGACGCUAAAGCCAACAUCGAUAUUCUACAAACCAACGUCGUUAGCGACACGGCUGCUCAGUUGAACAAUACCAUCAUUCACAACGAUCAAAUGUUGUUCGAUGUGGCUGAGACGGUGCAAAAGGCUCACUCUCAUGCGGCAUAUUUGUACAAUCGUUCAUUAGAACUGGACAGUUUGCUAACCGAUACUCGAAAUACUAACGCGGUAAGAGCCGUUUCGGCAUAUAGGGACAUCGAAAUCGCGAUUCAAGCUGCGAAAGACGCUGCGGACGACGCUAUAAUUGCUGCUGAGAAUGCAACAUUGCUAUCCGAUGGAAUCGAACAAAAGAUGCUAGAUUCUCGGCAAGAAUGCUUUAAGCUAUUAUCCGCCGCACAACUCGCUCUAACGAAAACAACGGGACAGCCUGAGAACGAUUUGCGAGAUGCAAGAAACAAUGCGACUCUAAUCGAUAACCAAAAUAAACGCAACAAGGAGCUUCUCGAUUCUAUUGACAAGACCAUCGGCAAUAUCCCUUCACAAUCGUCCUCAAUCGCGCAUGAUGCCAUGGAUCAGGCGGUGAAUGUUGAACGCAACAUCAAAUUUGCCAUCGACAACAUGAAUGGUAUUGUGGAUCGGAUUCCGGAAGAUCUGCGAGAGACGAAGCAGCUAUCGAAGAAUACGUCAGAGUCGAUCCGCGACAUUUCGCAAGCAAACAAGCAGCUAGAUAUUGUCGACAAAGUGAUGCCAAAUAUUACUAAUCUGCUAAAUAGCCUAAAUGACAAUCAAAAAUCAAUCGAUACGAUCGGGAAUGAUCUGCAGAGCAAAAUCGAGGCUCUAAGGAAUAAGAUUGCGAACGCACGAGAGCUGGCAAAUCGAUAUAAGACUGGCUUAACUUUCUACAGAAACACCACUUUGGAAUUGAAGAAUCCAGAGAGUCUGCCGUUGUUGGCCACAUCUACGAAGAUUUCCCUGUAUUUCAGGACCAACAAGACUAACGGUUUUCUAUUGUACCUCGGUAACGAGGAAAAGACGAAAUUACCGCGUUCUAAGACGCAUGAUUUUAUGGCGCUUUUGAUCGAGAGUGGAUAUCCUGUACUUAUAGUUGAUCUAGGAUCUGGACCCGAAAAGAUAAUUCAUAAUAGAUUCGUAUCGGAUAACGUGUGGCGGCAGAUAAUUAUCGAUAGGACCGGCAAGAACGUCAAGUUGAUCGUCCGCGAAGACAUCGGUGAAGGCAAAGAUAUGUUAUACGAAAAGGAGCGAGUGCUGCCAGGCUCCUAUUACAUCUUCAACGUGGAUCAGGAAUACUCGAAAUUGUUUGUCGGUGGAUAUCCGUCGUCCUUCCACAUUCAAGACGCCGUGACCGCGUCUUCAUUCGAAGGAGAGAUGGAGGAGCUGAUGAUAGGUGAUAUACCGGUGUCCUUCUGGAACUUCGUCGAUGGCGAGAACAACCGAGAGAGUGCACUUGAACGUGACAAACUCAUCAACUUUGCGCCGAGCAGAGGAUAUCGCUUCGAUCGACACGGAUACGCUAUCCUCAGUAAGAGGAGUUCGCAAAUUACACCGGAUACCAGAAAAUUCAUUAUCAAACUAUCUUUCAAGACCUUUGCGGAAGACGGACUAAUUUAUCUAAUGGGCAAGGGCAAGCAAUUCUUGUCGCUGGAGAUAAGAAACGGCCGAGUGUUGUAUCAGUUUGAUCUUGGCGAGGGUGAAAUUGCCAUGCAAUCUCUCGACAAAUAUAAUGAUGGUAACUGGCACACUUUGGAGGCCAUCAGACAGGAUACAAUGGGUGCGCUUAAGAUCGAUGAUCACACAGUCGCAUCGAGACAAGAAAAAGGAAUCAUCAAGCCUUUAGUCACAUCGGAUCAUAUUUAUUUCGGUGGAUAUCCGCCUAAUGCAAAACAUCAUUAUCAAUCAGUCACCAAUAGCGGCUUCGAAGGUUGCAUUGACGAUGUUGUCAUCCUCGACACUUCAGUCGAUCUUACUCGCAACGUGCAGGCAUUCGGAGUCCUGCCUGGUUGUCCAGUCAGGUUUGCUAGCCUCGUCUCCUUUGAGAAAAAUAUGCCCGGUUACGUAAGGUGGCGCAACUUGGCGUCUGAUGGUCUUCAAGUGAAUCUUAAAUUUAAGACUUUGGCCAACGAUGGUCUGAUUUUCUACGCAACCAGCGAUCAUCAAGAAAAUCCGGCCAAUAGUUUCUUGUCGCUGAUAGAUGGUCAACUGGUAUUCAAUAGCCAAGGCGAAGUGCUCAGGACCAGUACGUCGGACGUCAAGUUCAAUGAUAAUGAGUGGCACGUAGUGACCGCCACUCACAGCCAAUCAGCUCUCAGCCUCGACAUUGACGACACGAAGAGCUAUAGCACCGAUUCCGCACCGCCACCGCUGCAUUUCCUUUACGGCAGUCUUUACAUCGGUGGACUGCCAUCGACUGUCUUGACUCUCAAUCUUAUUGAUCCUGUGCCCUUCGUCGGUUGCAUUGGCGAUGCGACCGUUAACAGCGAGAUCAUUGUCAAUUUUGCCAACACAACUGAGAGGCCGCACGCAUUCCUCGGAAAGUGCAAGGGCGGCGAUCAAACGCCCUUGCCACCGGUCGUCGAACCCGAGAUUUUGCCACCAUUACUGCCGACAGAAGUUCCUGAUGAGGAUACGGUGGAAUCGUCGACUCAAAUCAAUAUCGUAGACGUUGACAUAGAGAAAGAUGACGAGUGGGAAGAGCCUAAGUUGGAAGGGCGAAAUAACGCUGAUAAAUACGAUAUCACUACCACGACCACUACACAGCAACCUCAAACUAUCGAUGAAUGUCAUUUACCAUACUAUCCGGCUGUGGAUCCCGAUGUCAAAAAUUCUUGGCGAUUUGGCGUUGCAAAAAACAGUAGAUUAGAAUAUAGGACGCUAAAAGGAAGAUACAAGGACGAUUACGAUUUCCAAAUAGACAUAAAAACAACGGCGGACAAUGGUAUUAUAUUCUACGCUUCCGGUCUUAAUAAUGCGAACUUGAUCGCCGUGUACGUGCUCGACGGAAAGGUUCAUUACAUAUUCAACUGCGGAAGCGGUUCGGCGUUAUUGGAAAGCAGUAAAAAAAUCAACGAUAACGAAUGGCAUAUAGUGGUCUUCAAGAGACAAGGUAAUUUUGGCUCAUUGACUGUGGACGAAGAGGACCCAGUGACGGAAUACUCGCUGGGAGACGCGACAACUAUCAACGUCAAUCCACCGUUUUUCGUGGGUGGCGUUUUGCCAGAAAUAGCCAGCAUUGCGUAUACAAACAUUGGUAUCAAUAGGACAUUUAGCGGCUGUUUAGCAAAUUUCAUGAUGAACGGACAAACUGUCGGAGAACCGUCGGAGAAAGUAGGUGUAAUACCUUGCUCGAAGAGAGUCGAGUCUGGUCUCUUCUUCUUCCCAGGAAAUGGCAGUAACUUGUACAAAGCAGUCGACCGAUUUAGCGAUCUGGGCCAGGUCGACAUUCAGAUGGAUGUAAAGCCGCGCUCGACGUCUGGACACUUGUUAUCAGUGCAUGGUAAGAAAGACUAUCUUGUUCUGGAGAUGAUCAACGGUACCGUCAAGUUUAUCGUGAGGACACAAAAGGGCUCAAUCGAAACCUCAUAUGAACCGACGAAACCAAACUCUCUGUGCGACGGUCACUGGCACAAUAUUAGAGCCGUCAAACAGAAGAAUGCGGUAUUGUUGUCAGUUGAUCAUAAACCGGUACCACCCGGAAUAAGCGGUAAAAAUAUGGGCAGAGUCUUAUCAAGACAACCGAUAUAUAUCGGUGGCCACUUGCUCCUGAGAAGAGGAUUACAAGGCAGCACCUCGCAGGCUCAAUAUGUUGGCUGUAUCAACAACAUUCAGAUCAACUCGAAAACCAUCGGCAUCAGGCCUGAGCGAGCCUACGGACAAGUAGUCGCUGGUGUGUGCCCAACUAUUUAAAACGAUUAAAAGGAAUUCCAACAGACGACGAGAAUUUAAAUCGAGAAUGAAAUAAUUUGUCCAUUUUUUUCUCAAAGUAUCAUUGUCAUUAAUAAUUUCUAUAAUGCCUACGCAAAAAAUAACAUAAAUAAGUUCGCGUGAAAAAAAUCUGAAUUUAUAGAUCCGUUAGUUUUUCUCUUGGCGAAAAAAUGUUUUCUUAAUUCUCCAAAGAGUUAUGUGAAAAGUUACUUAUAUAAGAUAAAGAAACUCAUUGUUUGUAACACACCAAAGAUAUGAUUUAAUAAAAAAGAGAUAUAAGUUA